GGAGAGCGCAUUAUCCCCCCUCUCUUGCUCCCUGUUAAAUCCGAGUCUAGCGCAACUGCAGACGCCUUUUGCGAGAAAGAGGGCGAGGAAGGGAUUGGGGGGUAAGGGGAGAAGGAUAAGAAGAAGCCAGGGUGAAAAGUCUUCUAGGAGAGCUGCUCGCAUUUGCAACAAAGAGACUGGGGGCUGGGGAGAGAUUCCUGGGACCGAGGGCUGGAGUGCCUAUUACGAGCUGAGCGGCAGGGCUCAGGCGAGAGUCGAAACUGACUUCCAGGAGCGGCUUUUUAAAAACGCAGGCCACCAGGACAGUCACCCAAGCGACCAUGUCUCCUGAUUUCUAGCCUUGUACUCUUUGGAAAGCGGCAUUUUUCCUCCCCAAAAGACACUCCCCCCCUCCCUUUGAGGUCUUUUAGUUGUGAUUUCCUCCUCUUGUUUUUGCUUUUUGUUUUUCUUGCUUUGUUUUGUUGUUUUGUUUUUUUUUUUAAUUAUGUGCUGCUGUUAAAAAAAGAAAAGAAAAGCAACAACCCGGCAGCUGCGGACUUGCCCCUGGCUGGAGCCCAGCGCCCCGCCUGGAGUGGAUGAGCUUCUCCAUGAGAGAUCCGGUCAUUCCUGGGACAAGCAUGGCCUAUCAUCCGUUCCUACCUCACCGGGCGCCGGACUUCGCCAUGAGCGCGGUGCUGGGUCACCAGCCGCCCUUCUUCCCCGCGCUGACGCUGCCUCCCAACGGCGCCGCGGCGCUUUCGCUGCCGGGCGCCCUGGCCAAGCCGAUCAUGGAUCAAUUGGUGGGGGCGGCCGAGACCGGCAUCCCUUUCUCGUCCCUGGGGCCCCAGGCUCAUCUGAGGCCUCUGAAGACCAUGGAGCCCGAGGAAGAGGUGGAGGACGACCCCAAGGUCCACCUCGAGGCUAAAGAACUUUGGGAUCAAUUCCACAAGCGGGGCACGGAGAUGGUGAUUACCAAGUCCGGCAGGCGAAUGUUCCCCCCAUUUAAAGUAAGAUGUUCUGGGCUGGAUAAAAAAGCCAAAUAUAUUCUAUUGAUGGACAUUAUAGCAGCAGAUGACUGUCGAUAUAAAUUUCACAAUUCUCGGUGGAUGGUGGCAGGCAAGGCUGAUCCUGAAAUGCCAAAGAGAAUGUACAUUCACCCGGACAGCCCUGCUACCGGAGAACAGUGGAUGUCUAAAGUUGUCACUUUCCACAAACUGAAACUCACCAACAACAUUUCAGACAAACACGGAUUCACUUUGACCUUCCCAAGUGAUCACGCAACGUGGCAGGGGAAUAAUAGUUUUGGUACUCAGACGAUCUUGAACUCCAUGCACAAAUACCAGCCCCGGUUCCACAUUGUAAGGGCCAAUGACAUCUUGAAACUUCCUUAUAGCACAUUUCGGACAUACUUGUUCCCCGAAACCGAAUUCAUUGCUGUGACUGCAUACCAGAAUGAUAAGAUAACUCAGUUAAAAAUAGACAACAACCCUUUCGCGAAAGGUUUCCGGGACACUGGAAAUGGCAGGAGAGAGAAAAGAAAACAGCUGACCCUGCAGUCCAUGAGGGUGUUUGAUGAAAGACACAAAAAGGAGAAUGGGACCUCAGAUGAGUCCUCCAGUGAACAAGCAGCCUUCAACUGCUUUGCGCAGUCCUCGUCUCCAGCCGUGUCCACCGUGGGGACAUCGAACCUCAAAGAUCUGUGUCCCAGCGACGGUGAGAGCGACGCCGAGGCGGAGAGCAAGGAGGAUCACGGCCCGGAGGCCUGCGACGCGGCCAAAAUCUCCACCACCACGUCGGAGGAGCCGUGCCGCGGCAAGAGCAGCCCGGCAACCAAGGCGCACGUCUUCGCGGCCGAGCCCGGCGGCCGGCCCCGGGACAGCGCGCGGCUGGACAAGGCGUCGCCCGACUCGCGCCAUAGCCCGGCCACCAUCUCGUCCAGCACCCGCGGCCUGGGCGCCGAGGAGCGCCGGAGCCCGGGCCGCGAGGGCGCGGCCACUGCCAAGGUCGAGGAGGCCCGCGGGCUGUCGGGGAAGGAGGCCUUCGCGCCGCUCACGGUGCAGACCGACGCGGCCGCCGCGCACCUGGGCCAGGGCCCCCUGCCGGGCCUCGGCUUCGCCCCCGGCCUGGCCGGCCAGCAGUUCUUCAACGGGCACCCGCUCUUCCUGCACCCCGGCCAGUUCGCCAUGGGGGGCGCCUUCUCCAGCAUGGCGGCCGGCAUGGGGCCCCUGCUGGCCACCGUGUCCGGGGCCUCCACUGGCGUCUCCGGCCUGGAUUCCACGGCCAUGGCCUCAGCCGCCGCGGCGCAGGGACUGUCCGGGGCGUCCGCGGCCACCCUGCCUUUCCACCUCCAGCAGCACGUCCUGGCUUCUCAGGGCCUGGCCAUGUCGCCUUUCGGAAGCCUGUUCCCUUAUCCCUACACGUACAUGGCUGCCGCCGCGGCCGCCUCCUCCGCCGCGGCCUCCAGUUCCGUACACCGCCACCCCUUCCUCAACCUAAACACCAUGCGCCCGCGGCUGCGCUACAGCCCCUACUCCAUCCCGGUGCCGGUCCCGGACAGCAGCAGCCUGCUCACCACCGCCCUGCCGACCAUGGUGGCCGCUGCGGGGCCCCUGGACGCCAAAGCCGCCGCCCUGGCCGCCAGCCCAGCCUCGGUGGCCGUGGACUCGGGCUCGGAACUCAACAGCCGCUCCUCCACGCUCUCCUCCAGCUCCGUGUCCUUGUCGCCCAAACUCUGCCCGGAGAAAGAGGCGGCCACCAGCGAACUGCAGAGUAUCCAGCGGUUGGUCAGCGGCUUGGAAGCCAAGCCGGACAGGUCCCGCAGUGCGUCCCCGUAAACCUCUCCCCAGAAAAGUCUCUUCAUUCCAGUCCAGUCGAGUCUGCAGUGCACUUUGUUGGAUGUCAGAUAAACCACGGGGGUGCCGUGGAGUUAGCCCUUCCUUUUUGCAGCUGAGUCUGGGAAGGGGUGCCAGACUCCUCGAGAGAAUAUACUAGCGAUAGGCCCUGUCGUCUUGGCAUGGUGCAUAUAUCUGGAGUCUGGCCCAGAUUCUGGGGGCUCAGAAACGUCUGUUGCAUCAUUGAGCUAUUGGGGGUAGGAGUUAAAGCAUUUAUGUCCGGAGCAAUUUCCAGCAAGGCUGGUCUGGGAGCUGUGGCCGAAGAAAAAAGGUAGCCAAGCCCACCGGGAAGGGAGAUGCUGAAAGGCACCUCCUCCAGGGUGGAUUUAUAUUUUUUCCUUCGCUGUGUCAAGUGAAAACAAAAAUAAAAUAAAAUUAAAUAAAAUUAAAAAACAGGGACACCUGAAAACGUUAACGUGAUUCUGUUUGUGAAGGUUAAAAAGUUUAUAGUGACUUGCAUAUCAGUUCUGAAUAAAUGACUGAGCACCAUGGUUUGGGGAGGAAUGUCCCUGUCAUUCUUGUUUAGUCUAUGUUAAGGAAAUCUGUGUCUUUUUAAUAUUCUUGUAACAUUUUAAGAGCCACUAUAGGUCUCUUCUUGCAUGUUCCAUGGUAAUGUACUUUGUGGUUUUUAUUUUGAACGCUUGCUUUUAGAGAGAAAAAUGACAUGACUCCAUACCCCUUCCCCAAUCUUCUACCCUCAAAUCAGAGAAAUCUAAAGGGAAGGAGUGGGAAAAACACAACGAAUUUAUUUUAUCUAAGCUCUGUAGCAGGAUUCAUGCUUUCCCUCUUUGACAGUCCUUUCUCUUUCCUGUGUAUGCAAUAACAAGGUUUUAAGAAAAAUAAUAAAGAAGCAGCGAGACUAUUAGACAAAGUAUUUAUGUAAUUAUUUGAUAACUUGUAAAUAGGUGGAAUAUGAAUGCUUGGAAAUUAAACUUUAAUUUAUUGACAUUGUACAUAGCUCUAUGUAAAUAGGAUUGCAACUGUCAGGUUUUUGUUCAUUUCCCUGUAGUCGGUUUCAUUUCAAGGUCACAGGAUCGCUUUUAAAACUAGAAAACACACUUUCUGCACCAUCAACACACUUUGAAAAGAGUUGCCUGAAGAAAAUAUAUAUUUCUUUUUUAAUGUCCAAAGGAGUGGAGGGGGAGAAUGCCAUUGCCUAUUUUAGCCAAAAUUGGAGAGAAGGGGUGCCACUUCCCAGUUCUACUUUAAACUCCUUAAACUAUAGCCCCCCAAGAGCGAUUCUGAGAUUGCUGGGGGGAAGGGGAGGGUAGUUAAAAGGCUGUGGUUUGGAUUUCUGAUUUUUCUUUUGUAUUUGCUAGUCUGAUUUCCUCAAAAGGAAGUGGAAUUUACUACUGUUGUCAAUAUUGAUGGUGUUUUGAAUUGGUGCCUACAGAGAUAAAUUCACAAUUCAAAAGUCAGGUGCUGAAAGAUGGUUUAAACAAACAAAUCAUGAAGGUAUAUUUUACAUUAUAAUUGUUGAUGAGCUCUUUGGUUUUCUGUAUUUUUUUCCCUCUCUUUAAAGCAUCACUGAAAUUUCAAUAAAUUUUUAUUGAAAUGUC